AUGUCAACUCAAAUUCUUUCUGAAAAACUUCAAUUCGGAACCAAAAUUGAAGGUCAUGUUAAUAUUGACAGUGUAUACAAAAGAAUUUUAAGAUCAAAUAAGAUUCAUGCAAUUUCAGAACCAAACUCUAUCAACUCUCGAGUUAUUGAAAGAGCCCCAACUUCAAAUGGAUUUAUUUCUGCUUUUUUUCAAGCUUAUAGUUAUCAUCAACAUUUAAAACUUUCACCUGAUGAUAUUUGGCUAGCUAUUGCCUUGGGAGUCAGUCAGCAUAUUAAUUUUAAUUCGGAAAAAUAUCGUUAUGUGUUUGUUGAGCAUGAAGGCAAAAAAGAAAUUAAUGUUUAUGUUGAUGGCCUUUUGAAUUUUAGUGGUGAAUGUAUUGGAGGAGAUUGGGACCAAGCGGUUCAACGGUUAACUGAUGCAACUGAUAGUCAAGUUAAAGACGAAGUUGGAAUAAAAAGAUUAUUAGAAUGUAAUUUUACAACUACAACUCCUACUACAAAAACUGCUAGUAAUAUCGUAUUAUUAGAUACUGUCAAGUCCUAUUUCAGUUAUAGAAUGACAAGUUGUUGUGGCAUUCCAAAAAUCACUUUGACCGGUACUUUAGAAGAUUGGAUGAAAAUUCAAGAAAAAUUAGUUCAAUUACGUAAAUUAAAUUUGGAUUUAGAUUUUUGGUUAAAUAAAUUAGAUCCAAUUAUUGGGGAAUUUGUUUCGACUUAUAAAGGUGAAAUACAUGAAGAUUUUUGGAGUAGAGUUUUGUCUUACCAAUCUUAUGGCUCUGGAGAGCCUACUUUAAGUGGUUGGAUUACCACGUUCUUUCCUUAUACUUGUGAUGGUCAUCCUUUAGGAGGAAUCGCGAAAUUAGGUGAUUUACCUUAUGGUCGAGUUAGUGUACCCUUUAUCGGUAGUUUUGAUGAAGUCGGCAUGGAUUUAAAGCUACAACUUGUUACGGGUUUUAUAGGUCACAAACAAGAAAGUGUUAACAAUAAUGAUGGUGAUGUAGAAAUUAUUGUUUCGCCUGUAAUUAGUUGGGCGAUUGCUGAAAAUAAUGAAUUACAAGCUGACACACUUAACAAAUUCCUUAUUGAGAAUGAACAUAUAAUUCCUUCCACUGUCACCAAGACCUUUGCCUCCAAACAUCACAUAAAUCCAGAUUUUGAUAAUGCAGAUACUCAAUGUAUGCUUAAUUUCAUAAUUGAGAAUAUAAUAAUUUUUGACAAAUCAGUAUUCCACAGUCAACAUAAAUCAAAUCCGACUCAGCUUUUAAAAAUUAUAAGAACAAUGUUAGGAAUAGGGUAG